GUUGCUGGAGGAGUCCGUUUAAUUCAGGCCUUUGUCUUUGUUAGAUGUCAAUAAACAAAGAUGUUUGUCUUGUAAGGCUCCAUGUGGGCUAAUUAAACACUAAAUGGUUUACACUGAGAGGUGAUGUCAUAGUUGAAGGCUCCCAUUUGCUGGUGGCUCAUUGAGGGCUCAAACCUCAUCCCCAUUGGGCAGCUCUGACCUUCUUUCUCUCCACAAAAGGAGUCAGGCUAUAACUAUAAACUACUGAGAGAACUCAAACAGAGAAAAGAGACAGCCACUGGGUCUUCACUGUGAUCCCCACCCCCCAUAAAACCCAUCCACCCAGCCCAACUUUAGGCUGAGAUGACCCAGCCUGCAUUACGUUUAAGCAGUACCUUUACAAUUGCUCUCUUGGCCAUUGCAGGACAUUAUGCUAGGGACUGUGCUUGCCAUGGAUGCGUAAAUGUGAAUAGAGAGGGGGUUGGAGCCUUUUGACACUCACUCUCUCUCUCUCUCUCACUCUGUUUCUCCACCCACUGGUGAAUGAGCAGAUUGAUCUCUGGCUUCUUGACUCUUCGUGGUGAGGAAAGGUAGCAGGUGAUUUGGAUUCGAGCUGUAGCAAUACAAAUAUGUGGUGUAAGAAAAGCACUGUGCUAAGAAGCAGUUUUGUCUAAGUACCUUCUUUCAGCUCCACUGCAGCACAGAGAGCGAGGCAGAGAGAGAGGAAGAAAGAGAAAGAGAAAGAGAAAGAGAGAGAGAGAGAGAGAGAGAGAGAGAGAGGAGAGGGAGAGAGAGAGAGAGAGAAAGACUCACUCGUUGCCUCCCAGCUGACAUUAGCUGUGCCGUCUGAUGCACAUUUUUAUCGUUCUGACAAAAGCUUUCCUUUGCAAUGCUGUGUACUCAGCCAUGUAUAGGCUACAGAGCUUGCUCAGCCUCAGAACUCCGCUUGGCUCCAAACACAGGGGGGGUAAUCAAAGUUUUUAAUGAAGAUAACACCAGCAUAGCAGUAGAAGUUCCCAGUGACAUCACUGCCCGAGACAUAUGUCAGCUUUUUGUCUUGAAGAACCACUACAUUGAUGACCACAGCUGGACUCUUUUUGAACACCUCUCCCAUCUGGGAAUAGAGAGAACCAUUGAAGACCAUGAGUCUGUUAUGGAGGUGCUAUCCAGCUGGGGGAUGGACACAGACAGCCGCCUGUAUUUUAGGAAAAAUUAUGCCAAAUAUGAAUUCUUCAGGAAACCCCUGGACUUUUUUCCAGAUCACAUGGUCUCCAUAUCCAGUGAAACCAGUGGGAUGGUGGAUCACUCUGAGCUUAUACAGACCUUUCUCAACUCUAGCACUUGUCCAGAGAUACAUGGACACCUCCAUGCCAAAGAGCAAAGCAGAAAGUCGUGGAAAAAGUUUUAUUUUGUCCUGCGGAGGUCAGGGCUUUAUUUUUCCAAUAAGGGAACUUCAAAGGAACCAAGGCAUCUCCAGUUCAUUGCCGAAUUUAGUGACAGUGAUGUCUACACUGUCUUGUCAGCCAAAAAACUUUAUGGAGCACCCACAGAUUUUGGCUUCUGUGUCAAGUCCACAAAGUGCAGUUCAGUACGGGACUUGAAGCUGCUUUGUGCGGAUGAUGAGCUGACCAGGACCUGCUGGAUCACAGCCAUGCGCUUGUUAAAGUAUGGGAUGCAAUUGUACCAAAACUUCACCCAGAAACAAAAAGCUUCACAAAUGAGAAGCAUCUCAGAGAACUCACUGGUGGCCAUGGACUUUUCUGGCCAAACAAGUCGGGUGAUUGAGAACCCAUCUGAAGUGUUGUCUGUGGCUGUAGAGGAGGGCCUAUCGUGGAGGAGGAAAAGCUGCCACCGCCUGAGUGGUCAUGGGAGCCCCUCCACAUCCCAGAGUUCAGUUUCAAACAUAGCUCUCCACUUGGCUCAGCCAUGGUUCCACAGCAAACUGUCUCGGGAUGAGGCUCAGCGUCUGAUCACUCAACAGGGUCUUAUUGAUGGAGUAUUUCUUCUGCGGGACAGCCAAAGCAAUCCUAAGACAUUCGUACUGUCACUGUGCCACAUGCAGAAAGUCAAACACUUUCAGAUAUUACCGGUAGAUGAUGAAGGGGAGUUUCUCUACAGUCUGGAUGAUGGUCACACACAAUUCACUGACUUGAUCCAGCUGGUGGAGUUUUACCAGGUAAACCGUGGGGUGCUGCCCUGCAAGCUAAAGCACCACUGUGCCCGGAUCACCCUGUGAACAAGGGACCCAAGAGACCGCUGACGGUCCACGUUCACCUUAACUCCAGGGCCUUUCUUGCCAAACACUCCCAGUGUUCUUGUGCCUUGAAGAAGAAAGAUAUACACAAUAACUCAACAGCCAUGCUAACUGAAACCACUGUUAGACCACUUUCAAACUGUGGUACAUGGUCUGUCUUUUGUUCUGUUUUGUUUGUUUGUUUGUUUUCAGAAAAAGCUGAAUUUGACAAUAGACUAUAUGGCAACUGACUACAGGCUCUGAGGAUGAUGUACAGUUUUGUCCAGUGAACAUUAUACUUCGGCCCUGUAAUGUGCCUGUAUGUGGCGGUAAAAUCAAUUGUGCAAAGUACAAAUAUGGCUUCCUGUUUGUAUAUUGUGAAGCUGAAUGUGUACCGCAAACAGCUUAUGAUUCUAACAUCACAAUGUCAAUGAAACAAAAUGUUUUUUUUUUCUUGGUAAGUGAAAUACAGUAACUGGAAUUUGAUUUUUUACUGAAAACAUUUCAAUGGAACGUCUACUGCAAUAUAUACAGCAAUUACAUGUACCUGUCAGUUACAGUCAGUCAAAGCUAAUGAUGGUUGCAGCCCAAUAAGGGCAACCACAUCAUACUGGGAAUUGUAGUAUACAACACCUCUGUCCUGUUAAAUUUAAGUAAAACUAAGCUAUUGUACUUUUCAUUGUCAUUACAUCUCUCAAGUAUUCAGGUAUUUUUUUUUUUAAAGAGAAUGAUUGUCGUUUUCUAAAAUGACCUCUCCUCCUCUAUGUGCUGGGCUGAGACUGCUGUAGAGAGAAAAAGAGAGGGAAGUAAUGUACAGGUGGAGAUGUGGCACACAACCUCACUAGCCUGCACUGUACAUUAAUUUUAAAUGUAUGUGAUUAAAUGAAAUGUUUGUAUUACAUAAAAUUAGUUGUGAGCUCACACCAGUUUUAGAAGUAAGUUCACCAAUUUUAGAUAUAAGCCAUUAAGAUGGAAAUCAGAAAUACAGUAUGACUGAUUUUGAUAAUUUCUGGAUCCAUUGUACAUUGAGAUUUAGCUUUUAUAUUUUCCAAAGAUUCAGGUGUUUCAAUGUUUUUACUGCUGCUGUGGGUAUACAGUGUUAUUGUUGCCAAUAAUGCAUCAGCUUUUCAAAAGGUGUUAUAAAUCAGUAACACAUUCAAAAUGA